AUGGCGUUUGAAUUUCUGGCUACAGAGCUCGUGCUUCACGUGUUCUACUCCUGCGACUCUAUCGCCGAUGUUUUCAACCUUUCUCAAACAUGCCGCCGGUUUUAUGCUAUCUUCAAUGCUUCGCAGCGAAUACCUAUUUUAGCCAAUGCAGCGGAAGCCGAAUAUGGCCCCACUCACGAGAUUAUUCAGCUUGUUACUCAGAAUACGAGCCAGCCUGCACACAAUAUUCGUAAUGCGAACAUGUCGUUGAGUCUACUCAAGCAAAUCCUGCAGGUUGGCAGAGUCGCCAAAAAGUGGGAGGAGAUAUAUCCGAUUAAGAAGUGGAAAGUCGAUUAUGAGAACCGACGCGUGUUAGAUCGUUUAGAGCGCUUUCACUUGCGCCGUGCUAUAUAUCGCCUUUGGCUCUAUUCGCGAGCAUUUCACAGCCCAUCUUUCCCACGCACCUCGCGCUCUGUUCCCUUGGUUAUUCGAGAGCGUGCAGAGCUUUUGCAUAACUGGUCGUCAAACGAACUAGCGGAAAUGGAGGAUGUCAGACUAAUUAUGCGCGACGUCGUACAACACCAUAUUUGCCCUAGCAACGGGACGAUCCAACGAAAGUUUCACAAACGUUUUCCAGAUUCCACCAACUCGCUUCUAUUCAAUAUCCAUCUCAAUUACCAUCCAUCCCCAUCUAGCCGUGUUUACUCUAACGGCCAUAGCACGUCUGAGCCACUCUUCUUUAAUGCCCGUUCUUCUCACGAAAAGCAAGCCAUUGACCAAAAUUCUGCCUUGCUCAAUAAGUAUGCCACCAAAUUCCGAUCCGAUCUAUACCACGAACCGGGUCUUCAGGGCUGGGGCGACGAAAUUCCUCAUUAUUAUAUUGUAGAGGACAUGUUGAAGCUGGAUCCUAGCCAGAUUUUGUGGCUGCGGGAAAAUACAUUGCUAAAAGAACAGGUAGAAAGGUAUGUUGAAUCAAUUGGGGAGUGGUUUGAGAAUAACGGAGAGACAUUUGCGCAAACCUUGGAGUGGGUAAUUAAUGAGCGUGGAGAGGAUGCUGUUGCUUUUAGAGAAGCAGUUGUUGGCGGCGAUUUGGGGAUUGCAGGUGUUGUAGAACGUAGCCAUGAGGGACGUUUCAUUUUGUAA